AUGGAUUCAGACGGUUCUAGAGAAUCUUCUCCACCGCCUCCUACAGAGCCUCCUCCGAGUCUACCACCACCGUUACCUGACAGGCCAAAAAAACCCUCAACAGACACGAAAAUCGAACAUCUCCAAACUACAAUACAAAACACCAAAAUCGAAGAGCAUUUAGAUUUAGAAGAUGACGAAAUCUCUCAACACAUGACCCAAUCUUACAGCGAAAUAUCAUUUAAAUCUGAACCCGAAAAUCAUGACUCUCCGAUUAUGGAUUUGGAUUCUGUGCAAGUGGACGAACAGUUUAGUAAAAGACCUAUGACUUUGCCCAGCGAAAAACGAUCUGAAAAACCGUUAAGGCCCCUUAAUUUGGACGGUAUGGUGCAUAAGGAAGGAAACAUGACCCAUUUUGUAGCAGAAGAUUUGGAAACCAAAAUUAAACUUGCAAGUCCUGUAACGAAAAAAAGCGACACACCUAGCAGCUCACGCAGUGGCACUCCCAGCACUUUAUACAGGCAACUACUAGAUCCACAAUUAAGCCAAAUCAAUACAGCUUUGAUAAAUGAUUUAGAAUGUGAAGCACAGAGGAUGGCAACUUCAGUAGACAACCUUAUAGAAAACUUGAGUGGAAUUUUGCAUUCGAUUUCAUCAAUAACUGCAGACAAUGUGGAUAUUUAUAAAAAUGCUGUUUCAAAAAUGUCAGAUGCUAUGGAUGGGAAUAUCAAGAGCAUGUAUACUAUGAUGGCUAAAGCUGAAGAGAUAACACAAAAUAUGAAAACAGUGGAAGUGCAAGCUGCGAAAAUUAAGGAAAUUAAGAAGCUGGUGGAUUUAUUCGAGUCAUUUCUGUAG